CACCUCUCAUUGAUGUAAAAGCACAUCCCGCCGCCACGCGAUUUCCCCGUUGAUUCCGCGUUGCGAUCUGCUCUGAUCAGCUGGAAGUUAGGAAGUUGUAACGCGCUGUCUGCAAUGGCGCCGUUCAGCCAGGUUUCCGUGAAACACAGAGCAGCAGAGUUAGAAAAGUCCUUGUUAAACCGGGAAAGCAGAAGGAGUUUGUCCGUUUUGUUGGGUAGAGAGUGGAGAUUCGCCAGAUGGAUGCUAGGCAACGGCAUUCGAAAUCCGCGCUGUCUGAGCUUCACAAGCGCGCCGGCUCGCUUCCCCCGUCUGCGCGUUCUCCUGAAGCGUUUGACCAGAGCUACGGCUCCGCCAACAACAAUGUCCAGCGAAACGUCAGAAAACUCAAAAACUGGUAAAAGAUUUUGUGGUGUGUUCUGCCGAAUGUUCAGCAGGUCAUCCCUGAUAAAACUGAUCAUAUUUGAGAAACAAAAAACAGGAAAAACAAACAAAAACAGUACAAACACUGAAGAGCAAAGCACAGUAGCUGCCAUCUGCGGCGCCAUCUUGAUUUUAGAAAAAAAAGUGUCCAUAAAACUAGAUGCGGACUAGUGGACGCCGAAUCCUGUUAUUUACACAUGCCAUCUGGCUGUUCUGCGUGUCUGCGUGAAUGAACUGCACAGUUUAACAUGCUACACGCGUGAUGCUUGUGAAUUUGUCUGCGUCUGCGCUUUAUGAGGACAUGAACACAUGAACUUCAUCUCCAGAGUUGCUCUGAGAGUUUAUUUCAGAACAUUUUACUGAGUGAAGCUAACACACUAAAAAUAAGCAUCUUCCGACGACCUGCCAAAAUAAAAGUCCGGUUAACUCGGUAUUUUUAUGUGGACAAAUACUGUAUAUUACUAAUAGUAAAAAAAAAACUAAUUUAGAUAAACUAAAUGCAUCAUGCAUAAGCUGAAGUCAGUUGUUUACCUUUGAAAUUUUUCUUUCUAUUUUUAUGAAUGUUUCUUAUUUAUACAUUUGUAUUAGGCCUAUAUUGCAUUUUGAAUGUAAUAUGGCAAUGGAAUGUACUAAAUGGGUUUAGUUUCCACAGAUAUUAAUGUAUGCAAUAUGUUAAUUUUUCUAAAAAGGAAACAAAUUAGUUGUUCAUUUUAAGAGACCUGUCUUAUUUUCUCUUGUAUAUUUAGUAUUGCUCUUUAAUAAAGAAAAAGUACUUAUUAUCCGAAUACCCGAUUAAUCGAUGGAAAAUCAGUAGAAUACUCUAUUACUAAAAUAAUCGAUAGCUGCAGCCCUAGUAAUAUGCGUGAAAGACAGGUACAGUUGAUACGAGACAUUCUUCCAGGUCUGCUCCCGUUUAGUAAUCACAAGACUUUUAGUCCAAAAAUGUGCAUAUUGUGAGAAAUAUAGAUAUACUGAAACACGUUUACGUCAUAUUUCUUUAGACAGACUGAUGAGUUUUAAGCUCCGUUCAACUAUUAAAAACACUGUUUCUUUCACGUGACAGCUCUUAUGACGGCAGGACUGGUGUCUCCAGGCAGGGUCCUAAAGUACACCCGAUUUCUCACGACACAUGCACACAGAUGAUUUGCUGAUUUGUGUUGCGUUUGUUCUCCUGUCUUCAGUGGCAGAGGAAAUUUUUCCAAAAAAUAACACAAAGAUGACUAUUAUUCGAAAUGUUCAGUAAAUAACCAUAAAUACUUGGUAUUUUAUUUGAUUAUCUAAAAAUAACAUGAGAUAAGAAAUGUUUCAUUAGAAAAAAUACCCCACCUUUAGUUGGGCAUAUUUACACUACAAACCAGAAAUCAGUGAUCUACGCGGGCAAAAAAACAAAGAAAAAUAAACAAAAACGGAAUAAUCGUUCAAUAAUCGUAAUCGAGAGAAAAUGUUCAAUUAAUAGAAACUUUGAUUUUAGGUCAAAUCGCCCAGCCCUAUGGUAAAUGCAAACCUUUUACACAACAGAGAUCUAAAUCGAAUGCUUUAGAGCAGGGGUCUUCAACGUUAUUUGGGGCAAGGACCCCUUAGAUGAGAGAUGCAUGGAGCAGGGACCCCCUUAUACUAAAUGUGUAAACGGAGCUAUUUAAAUAGAAACAACCCUAUUGUCACAGCAAUAUUAUGUUAAGACAUUACAUCUUCUUGAAUCCUUCAGUGCAAGUGCACAAAUCCAGUUAUACAAAUCACAAACUAAGAUACUCGUGCACUCACAUCUUUUGCUACGAUUGCUGCAGUAAAUAUGGUGCAAAACACAUUCACACACCUGCACCAAAAGAAAGCGUUCACAGACGAGUUUAUGUUAAUUCAUGAAGUGAGAGUUGAAUGCUUGUCAAAUAUUUUCUCACAAAUUAAAGGUUUUAUUCUUGGACAUCUUUCCAACUCAAACAGAUGAACAUAACUACAACUGCUUGAAUCUGCUGCUGCGAGUCUCUGACACAAGUUCGCACACUCUCUCAUUUUGCACCACAUAUCGGUGUGAUGUAUGGAGCAAUAGUGAUUUGUGGACUUGCAGAGGCCAAACCAGCUAGUUUUGACGCCCAGCAGUAGGGAUGGGAAUCGCAGGGUACCUCCCGAUACGAUUCGAUAUCGAUAGUAUCACAAUGCGCCGAUUCUGCGAUAAUCGAUAUAUCGCUUGGCAAUUCUAUAAAAAUACAUCACGACAUCUGUAAAUGAAGGGAAAAAAUGAUCUAUUAGAUGAGCAUUUUUAGUGUGUUGCGACUCUCUGUCUUUAGGUUUGUUUAUUCUUGCGCUUGUCUUUGGACUGUGAGGCUCUGGUGACUCCACACGUGUCUGCCAAAACGGGGGUUUGCGGCGCGCGCAGAUACCUGCACCCCUGCAUGAGCACUGCGGGUGGGAGAGAAAGCGCCGGACUGGAGGGAAUCACGAAACUACAGACUGAAAUUUACAUGGAGAUGGCGGGGUUUACGACCUGUACUGCAGCCAGCCACCAGGGGAUGAUCAAAGAGCCCGCAGCUUCACUUUUCAGGACUUGUGAGGCACCCCUGUUUUCGUGAGAUAUUUCUCAAAUGGUGAUGAGCCUGCGGGUUUCAGAGCUGCAGGUUCUUUUGGGUUACGCCGGUCGAAACAAACAUGGACGAAAGCACGAGCUCCUCACCAAAGCCUUACACCUUCUGAAAGCUGGCUGCAGCCCUGCCGUCCAGAUGAAGGUCCAGGAACUCUACAGACGACGCUUUCCCACCAAGCUGGUAUCUCCAGCCGAGCUGGGACUGCCCGGAGUCCACCCCGCCACUGGCUCCCUGCCGCCCGGCUUCACUCAGCUGGGUUUUGAUGGACACAGAGCACCCCAGUCCCCUCUGCUCCCCAUCUCCCUCCUCGGACCCAAACAUGAGCUGGGCCUGCCCCACCUCCCCACCAACCUGCAUCCCGUACACCCUGACGUCAAACUGCAGCGGCUUCCCUUUUACGACGUGCUGGAUGAGCUCAUUAAGCCGACGAGUCUCACUUCAGAUAACAACCAGAGGUUUCAGGAAACGUGUUUUGCCUUUGCAUUGACGCCACAGCAGGUCCAACAAGUCAGCAGCUCGAUGGACAUAUCGGGGACCAAAUGUGACUUUACAGUGCAAGUACAGUUACGGUUUUGUCUAUCAGAGACAAGCUGCCCCCAGGAGGACCACUUUCCCCCUAAUCUUUGUGUUAAAGUCAACGGAAAACCAUGUAAUCUCCCAGGAUAUCUCCCUCCUACCAAAAAUGGCGUGGAACCAAAGAGGCCCAGCAGACCCAUCAACUUUACCUCACUGGUCAGACUGGUCACAACAGUCGGCAACACCAUUGUAGUGUCCUGGACCUCCGAAAUUGGACGGAGUUACUCUAUGGCAGUGUACCUGGUCAAACAGCUGUCAUCUACAGUUCUGCUGCAAAGGCUUCGAGCCAAAGGCAUCAGAAACCCAGAUCACUCCAGAGCACUCAUAAAGGAAAAGUUAACAGCAGACCCUGACAGUGAAAUAGCGACCACCAGUUUAAGAGUAUCAUUAUUAUGUCCGCUGGGGAAGAUGCGGCUGAUGAUUCCGUGUCGGGCGCUGACAUGUUCACACUUGCAGUGUUUCGAUGCCACGCUCUACAUCCAGAUGAAUGAAAAGAAACCCACAUGGGUUUGUCCUGUUUGUGACAAAAAAGCACCAUAUGAACACCUCAUCAUUGAUGGGUUGUUUAUGGAGAUUCUGAACAGCUGUUUAGAUUGUGAUGAAAUUCAGUUCAAGGAGGAUGGCAGCUGGGCCCCCAUGAGGUCGAAAAAGGAAGUGCAGGAGGUGUCUGCAUCAUACAAUGGCAUUGAUGGGGGGUGUCGCACAGCGGUACUGGAGCAGAACCCUCAAACAAACGGCAACAGUGGAGGUAAAACAGUAGAGGUGAUUGAUUUGACUCUUGACAGCUCAUCUGAAGAUGAUGAGGAGGAGGAAGAACCCCCACCGAAGAGAAGCUGUCCUUCACUGUCCAGCAUGUCUCCUCAGAUCGAUAUUAAAGGAGUGCUGAAUCUCCACAGACAAGCAUCUCCUGUGAGUCGAACUCCCAGCCAUCCACAAGUGGACACCAAUUACAUUCCCCCACCUCCCCCCUUAAUUCAGGACUACCGCCACUACUACCCCACGCCCACUGAGCUGUCAGAUCUCAACUUUUUUCCUUUUUUACAAGGAGAGAAUCAUCAGCACUACAACAUGGUAAUGGCGGCGGCUGCAUCAGCAUCUGAAGAUCACGACCUCCUCCUGAGUCGUUUUCUGCCGUACGGCUCAUCUCAGCUCUUCCUGGACCCUCCCUCAACGCCGGUCAGCAGCACCCUUCCUCCUAUCAACGUCAACGGCAGCAGCACGGGCAGCCUGGUCUCCUCCAGCAGCCUGCGGGAAAGCUUGGGACACCCACCCGCCCCACAUCCCACCUCUGAAUCAGGUCCCACGUCUGCUAUUUAUGGCCCCAUCCCAGACGUGAUUUCAUUAGACUGACACCGGGACCAGACCAAGAGAAACAGACUGAACAGAUUUCCAAACAUUGGAAAAAUCAGGACAUACAGGAUGACUGAAGGGUGUUUUUCUAAACGAUGAUGAUCGUUGCCGUGUACAGAGAACAAAUAUAUUUUUUGUUUCACUUUUGUAUAUACGUCUAUCUGUCUAGCUAUCUAAUGUAUAUGUACACAUGAAAGAGGUUUUUUCUCGGCUUGCUAAGUCACUUCCGAGUUUUAUCUCCUUUGGAAACUGAAGAUGUUUUUUCCUCACAGCUCUUUGACGUACAAUGGAAACAUUUUAUAUCCCCAUCCUAUUCUGUAUUCUAUAUAAUGUCUGAUUCCACAGGGCACAAUGGCUGUGAUGGUGGAGCGCCACCAUGAUUCUUGGGGCUUUUUUGUCUCAGCAAAACUUGACGUGUCUUUGCCAGUCCACACCAUGUUGAACCUCCAUUGCUGAUGACUGCGUGUUUCUUCUAAACAUGGAGGAUUUUCGUAUGUAGUGCUUUUAAGUUACAUGAGGUAGAUGAACUGUUAAGAAGCAUUCCUUCACCGUCAAGCUGCCAACUGGAAGUAAAAGCGUCGUCACGGAUUGCCAAUUUCUGACCUCAUUAUUCAUACCUGAUAUGUAAUUCAUGACUUUAAAGCUUGUAAAAACAUUUGCAUCCACAUUGUUCAUAUUUUUCUUGCUCGAUGCCAAAAGAACACUGUGUAGUGUUGAAGUUUUUAGAGUGAGAGCAUGUGAGUUCAGUGAACUUAAACGUACACCAUGUAUGGAAAGUAAGCAUUUACUCUUUCUUUGUGGCUAUGCUUGAUUGUUCGUUCUCUCCUCCCCCAUACAAACAUUUUUCAUGGGAUGGUUCAGCAGUGGCUUAGAUAGUGAGGUGUUGGCAUGUAUUCUGAGCUUGCUCAAAGAUGUUUAAAGAUAUGGUGACAAGGGUCUGUCUCAAAGUGUCUGUACUUUCAUUAUCAUCAGAGUUCAUAUUAUUCUCCGAUCCCAUUUCAUAUUCAAUUGUUGUCUAAUGAGUCAUUUGUUGUUUGGUACUGUGUGUAUUGUCUCUGAGCAGGAGGUCCUAAAGCCACUAUUUCUUCUACUGUUCUGUCACGUGUGCCUUGUUUGUGUUUUGCGUGUGAAAGACUGGGUCUUGGCAGCCACGUAAAGGUCUCCCGUUUCACGGAUUCAGUGUUUGUAAACAACAAAUCUGACUAAGUAGCCAAGGUUGGAUAUGUCUGUCAUGUGCUGCUAGAGGUUAAUAGAGAGGUCGUUUGUCAACCUUUUCCUCAAAAAGUGAAGUAUUUGAGAAAUUUAGGAAGGAAGAUGUAGUAUGUUGAAAAUGAAGUAAUGUGUUGGGAAAAAACUCUAAAGAGUUUUACUAGGCAUAUCUUUUUAUUUCUAUUUUGUGAAACAAGCUAGCGUUUGUGUGUGUGUGUGUGUGUGUGUGUGUGUGUAGCACUAAGCCGCUGUGGCGCUCUCAAGGUCCACAUGCUGACCCGACAUCCUCUCAAUAAUUAGGUUUGUGAUGGGGAUAAUUGCUUGUGACAAAAUCUAGCCGUCACGUUUUGUGUUGUUUGACAGGCUGAUAAGUCUCUUUUUCCAUUCCCCUCUAAACCUCCUCUCAAACCAGAAAGUGUUAGAUAUGCUUAGCUUGUAUAUCAGUUGAUUGUCUCUUGCCACUGGUUUGAAAUGUAAUUGGUCAAGUCAUUAACAAGAUAGCAGCUAUGGAGACAAAAUACAGAUGCUGCAAAAUUCCCGUGAACAAACUGACCGUUAUUGUUUGAUCCUAACAGUGUUAAUUGACGACUCUAUUUUAAAAAGUAAAUGUUAAGAUGGACAGUUCUCUUCCUUUAAUGUAUAAGUUGGAUAUGACAUUAUGUAAUUGACAAGGUUUGAUACCAUGGUUACCAUGUAACAGUCUGGGUUCAAUUACAUUAAAGAACAUAUAAUAGUUUUCAUUAAUUGGCAUUGUUGAAUAAAGGAAGGGUUAUGUGUGUGUAUGAAUGUGUGUUUGACAGUGUGUGCACAUGUUUUUGUUUAUGAUGUACGGCAAACAACUUGGAUGUUCUAGUGAUGUGCAUUUAUGUGUUGAAGUGGAAUCCGCAACAUCACAAUGCACUCUUAAAAAAAGGUGCUUCAAAAGGUUCUUCGAUGCCAUAGAAGAACCUUUUGGUUCCAUAAAGAACCUUAAACAUCAUUCUGUUUCACAAAAGGUUAUUUGUGGCGAAAAAAGGUUAUUCGGAUUAUAAAAAAGUAAUAAAGAGUUGGUUCUUUAAAGAACCUUUGGCUGAAUGGUUCUUUGUGGAGCCAAAAAUGGUUCUUCUGUGGUAUCGCUGUGAAGAACCUUUUAAGCACCUUUAUUUUUAAGAGUGUAUUUUUGACGCAGAACUGUGCUACAAGUGGACUUGGUGUCCAGUUUUCUUUUCCAUUUCUGUAAGCUGACAUCUAUGCUCACUGCCUUAAAUUUAAUCCACUCUGUGUCUGUGGCAUGUUUUAUGAGAGAGAGAGGAAAAAAGAUUUUUAAGAUGUGGAAGACAUAUUGUACAGUAGACCAAUGUCAGUUUGUAUAAAGUACUAAGUGAAAAAAAAUAUUUAUUACAUGCAUUGAAAGAAUUUGUUUACCUAUUGAAUGUUACAUGUUUAUGUAGAGACAUUUAGAUGUAAUAAAAUGCAUUGAGUUAACGGUGGCCUUAUUUUUUAUUU